AUGAGCAGCUCAUUGAAGAUGCUCGCCAAUCUGGACCCGCUCCCGAGCGACGUCCGCAAGUGGCGUAUUCUCCUGCUCGUGUCCGCCGUCAACUCGCUCACGCAGCGCAUGCAGACCUACCUCGCCGACAUGGGCUGCACCAGGGUCUCCACCGAGCUCGCCCUCUCCGACGAGACCAUGGUCUCCGCCGUGCUCGCGCAUUCGCCUCACGUUAUCAUCUGCCCGUUCCUCACCAAGAAGGUCCCGGACGUCGUCUACAGCAACAUUGUCACCCUCAUCGUCCACCCUGGUCCGCCGGGCGAUGCCGGUCCCGCUGCCAUCGACUGGGCCAUCAUGGGCGACCGGGGUUUCGAGCCCGACUCGGCGGCUGCACUCGCUGAAAUGGCGCUGCCCAUCGAUCGUGCACUCCCCCUCGACCAGCGCCAGCGGACGCACUGGGGACUCACCGUCCUCCAGGCUGACCACACCUUUGACGGUGGUCCCGUCUGGGCUUGGGACCAGUUCCCCCUUCCGGACAUCUCUACGGUGACCAAGUCGAACAUCUACCAGGGCCCGAUCACUGCUGCCGCCCUGCGCGCAGUCCAUGUCGCACUUUGCCGCAUCUCGAAGGCGUACGCCGGUCUUUCCGACCCGUCUCACCGUGGACAGCGCGUUGCCGUGCGCCCAGACCCCCGUUACUCGAAAGAGUGUGUCUCGAACGGCCAGUCGUUCUUGGGCGGGCCGCUCAACGCGAGGCCCCAGAUCCGGCCUGGCCAGCGUCGCCCGGACCUCACCAGGCACACGGCGGCUGACGUCUCGCGACUCAUCAACUGCGGCGACUCGCAGCCGGGUGGCACGAUCAAGACGACACGCUCGUUCAUGUUCGUCUAUGACGCCCACAUCCACAUGAGCGUUGCUACGCUCCCCAAGAACCUCGUCCAGACCCGUGGCUUCAGGUCCUUCGAUGAGGUCCCCGCGGGCACGGCUCUCGCCACGCGUCAGGGUGCGGUCCUCUUCAAGACGGCGCCAUGUGGGCACGGCCCCAUGUGCUCGCACGGCUGCGGCAUCGCUGUGUGGCUCACGCACGGUCGUCUCCCCAAGCCCACCCCAGAGAGUGCCCUCAGCGCCAAGGUUCCCAUGGCUGACGCUCUUCGUGCCGCGGGCGAGGGUGCUCGCCUUGACGGCGUUCCCGAAUGGGCGGUAACGGACUUUACUGAGGUGCCUGGUACCUGGCAGCAGGUGUUUGUCCGGACCGUGACAGAGGGCGACGCGCUGAUCCAGCUCGUGUACUGGGACUUUUACAACGGUGCCUUCUCCACGACCGGCUGCGACUACCUCGUGGAGGCGCUCAUGUGGGCGACCGACCCGGCCCGCGGCAACGUCAAGAUUCUCGCCCUCAUGGGCGGUGGCUACUUCUCCAACGGUGUCGCGCUUAACAUUAUCGAGUCGGCCGACCACCCAGGCCGCGAGACCUGGGCCAACAUCAACGCCAUCGACGAUGUCGUCGAGGUCCUCGCUGGCGACGUCACGAGUGCGCCUCGCUCUGAGUUCCUGGGCAACCGCCCAUCGCUCACUGAGCGUGGCAUCCUCACGGUCGCGUGCCUCCGCGGCAACGCUGCCGCCGGUGGAGUCGCGCUUGCCGCUGCUUGUGACGUUGUUGUGUCGGCUGGCUCUGUCGUCCUCAACCCCGCCUACCGCGCCAUGGGCCUGCACGGCUCCGAAUUCCACCUGUACUCGUACGUCGAGCGCUGCGGCCGCUCCAUCGCGACCCACCUCGUCAAGGACAUGCUCCCGCUGUCCGCCGCGCGCGCUCGCGAGCUUGGCCUCGUCGACGUUGUCGUCUCUGGCCGCGACCAGCCGGCUGCCGAGUCGGAGGCUGCGAUCCUCAAGUUCCUCCGCAACGUUGCUGCUGCCCCGGCUUCGGCCUAUGGAUCACUCGAGUUCCCCUCUGCGCCCUGGACCAAGUUUGCGACCAACACUCCUAGCCGCGCUACGACGCUUGUCGAGCGCUUCUGCGAGAACAAGCGCGGACGCUACGAGUCGAACCUGCACGUCCCGCUCGUCAACUACCGUCACGAGGAGCUGUCGCAGAUGCUCCUCGACUCGUUCCACCCGCACCGCUCGCAGCGCUACCACUCGCGCCGCAUCAAGUUUGUGCGCAAGGUCAAGGCUGAGAAGACGCCGACUCGCUUCGCCCACCACCGCGUGCACAUGGAGCGCGACGAGGAGGAGACUGCGGCCUUUGACAAUGCCCCUGGAUGGGUGCGCGGUGAGGAGUGGUCGUGGGUCGGUCACCAGACGCCGACGUCGAUGACGACGUCGCAGGGCCUGCUCAUCGACUUUGCCGCUCCCGUCCCGCCUCUCUCGCGCCCGCCGAGCCGCCGCAGCUCCCGCUCGAACAAGAGCUUCCACUCGCUGCGGUCGCACAAGUCGCAGCCAUCGAUCCGCUCGCACAAGUCGCAGCCCUCCAUCCGCUCGCACGCUAGCAAGGGCUCGAUCUCGUCUGCUGCCCCGAGCGUCCAGGGCUCGCCUUCCCAGCAGCACACCGCCACCUUUGCCGGUCCCGAGACCGUCGAGACGCUCGACGACUCUGUCCCGCCCGUCCCCGCCCUGCCCGAGGUCACCACCCCGGAGGGCGUGAAGCGCCGUCCGUCCCUGCUCGCUUCCGUCAGCAGCGGCUCCAUCGGCCGCAGCAGCACCUGGGGCCGGAGCACCAAGAACGAACCCGUCGCUCCGGAGCCCACGCCUGCGCCAUACAUCCCCUCGCACCUCGCCGUGAAGGCGCCGAAGCGCCGUGCUUCGUCCUUCCUCGGCCGUCUCGCCGGCGCCUUCCGCUCGAAGCAGGACCUGCACGUCGAUGUGCCCCCGACGCCGCGCACGCCGCUCUCCGCGACCCGCAUCCCGUCUGGCGCCACGACGCCGACCUAUGCCCGCCCCACCCUCGUCAACGAGGGCAACACGGACUCGCCCUGCCUCUUCAACAUCACUGGCGACGACGCCCUCCUCCCCAAGAUCGACACGAGGCCGCAGGUCCUCAGCGUCUAA